AUGGCUACCGAAACAAAGUUCGAGAUUCUGACCAAACCCCUGGUGAAAAUCACCGAAAUGGAUCACAUCGUCCUUCGAACCAAGGACGUGGAAGGAUCGCUGCGCUUCUAUACCGAAGUGCUUGGCCUUGAGGCCGAGCGUGUGGAGCAAUGGCGGGCCGGCGAAGUGCGGUUCCCUUCAGCGCGGAUAAACGCCGACACCAUCAUCGACUUCUUCGCAUCUGACAGCAUCCCCGAAAGCAGGGACGACGCUCGCAACCAGGACCAUUUUUGUAUGGUCAUUGAUUACACCGAUAUGGAAGAGUUAAAGACUCGUUUUGAAGACCUCGGUGUCGACAUUCAGGCCGGCCCCGGCAAGCGCUGGGGUUCCCAUGGUGACGGCAUCUCCCUGUACAUCUACGAUCCCGACAACAACGUGGUCGAACUGCGCCACUACUAG